GUUACUGCUAUAUUUCGUUUCUUUUCAUUUUCUGUGUAUUUUCAUUAUUAUUACCGUUGAGUGCCACCAGAGGGCGCUAUAGUGUAAGUGAGCUUUGUAAGAAGAAGUAGAGGUUAAUUUCCUCAGAAGAAGCGAUCUCUCGAGAGAUCGAAAGAUGCGUGACUGAAGCGUGGUCACAAAGCUAACUUGUAAAGAAAGUUAAGAAACAAUAAGAAGAAGAAGACGACUGAAACUAAUUCCUCUCUCGGUACUCAGCCAACGAGUUUUCACGGUGUGUUUAUGAGUCUGAACAAGCUGGAUUCAAUAAAUUCAUCAGUUGGGAAAGCCACUUGUGUCUGUUGGUACCUGGAGGAGUUACAGUGAAAACUCGACUGAUCUGCGCGAGUGGAGGCGAGGCGGCAUGAUCGGAUGAGCAGCAGUCUUGCCACAGCGUGAUCGGCACGUGCACGGAGCGGGCGCGCGCACGAGACCAAAGCGGGAUUUGAAGACCAACACUUUAAGAUAAGGCCAUAAGAAAUGCGGACAUUCAUAAGUUAAGAGUUUGUCUGAAAAAAGGAAAACAAAACGCAAGUUUAAGGUUGAUUAAUCAAACUGUGAUUUAAAGUAACGUUUUGCUAUUCCUAAUUUUUGUUUAUUAAGCCACAUUGUAAGGUCUAAAGCACUUAAGUUUAAGCAUCAGUAGGCUUCAUUUGUUUUACACUGGCCUAUUUGUGCCAAGAAUGAGAAAUGUGUUUCAUGUGAACAGUUUAAAUGUGAAUAACUCUUAUUUGAAUACGUUUUUGGUAUAUUUAAGUUGAAAGGGUUAAGUUACUUUCACAUUACUGUAAAGAUUCAGUAUUACAUUUUUAUUUUAUUCUGCCUUUAUAUUUCAAAUGCCGACUGUCUAGGGGUGACUUUUAGUUUACAUAAACAUUUUUGCUGUUUAGUGACAAGUGACAGACGUUAAAAUGACUGAUCCAAAUACACCAUUAAUUAGUACAGAACCCCAAAGUCAGUCUGAAGAAACCCAAGGUACUGAUCCUAGUGAGCAGCAAGACUCAGUACAACUUAGAAGAAGUCAGAGAGUGAAAACACUCACAGAAAAGGGAAGAGAAAUGCAGGAUGAGAAGAUUAAAGGACUCCAGCAAAGAUUUAACUACAACUACGAAAAGUGGAGAACACAUGCAAAGGCAUCCAAAGUACCCCUCUCUCAACCAGGACCCUCAAAUAAAGACAUUCUUGAAGAUAUAACUGGUGAUGUUAGAGGUCUUUGUGCAGAUGUCACAAAAGUUUUUGAUGAGUUACGCAAGCUCACCCCACCGGAUCAAGAGACACGUCGCAGAGUAGAUCUGUGUGUGGAGAUCUCAGGUUUCCUUGUGAAUAAAGCAACUUGCCGAUUGGAAGGAAGAGAGGAACAAGAUUGGCCGGAAGCAGGCUCCCUCUUUCAAACUACGAGCAGUAAGUCAAGCUCCUUCAACAUAACUAAGAACUCAUCUGAGCAUUCACAUAGAUCCUCUGUAAAACAUCAAGAAGCUGCCGCAGAAGCAGCAGCGAGUCAAGCUGUUCUAAAAAUAUUAGAAGAACAACAAAUGGAACAGCAAGAGAUAGAAAGACUAGAAGUUGAAGUCAGGAAAAGAGCAGUGGAACAAGAAACACUAAUUAGACAAAAGUGCUUAGAAAGAGAGGCUGAAGAAAUUAGAAAGCGCUUAGAAAGAGAGGCUGAAGAAGUUAGAAAGCGCUUAGAAAGAGAGGCUGAAGAAAUUAGCUUAAGAAUGCAGAGAGAAGCAGAUGAAGCAAAGUUUAAGGCUCAACAAGAAGAAGAGUAUGCAGCUCUGCAGAGAACACUUGAUGAAAAGAAAAGAAAGGUACAGCACCUGGAAAAGGUCAAAGAUCUCAAGGCAGCACAAGCAAGGAUGCAGGUUUAUGACCAAAUGAGUGUAGCAGAAGUGCAAAGGGUCGAUGUAACAAAGAUUAAUACAGAAAUUAGAGACGUUGAACAUGUAAGCUUUCCAUCUCUGCUUGAACAAGUCUCACCCCAAGCUGCAGGCACUUCUAAAGGUGAUGGUACAUCAGAUUUAGUUAAAGUGCUAGCAAGUGCACUAAGUACUAGUCGUAUCCCUGUUCCGGAACCUACUGUGUUUUCUGGGGAUCCCUUAAGUUACAGUGACUGGAAACUGUCAUUCCAAACACUGAUAGACCAAAAGAAUAUCCCUAACAAGGAGAAAAUAUUCUACCUUCGAAGAUAUGUGAGUGGACCGGCUAAGAGAGCAAUUGAAGGAUACUUCCUGCUUGGAACUGAAUCCGCACAUGCUGCUGCAUGGAAGAUUCUGGAUGAAAGAUAUGGAAAUCCAUUCACAAUAGCAAAAGCUUUUAGAGACAAACUGCAUGCAUGGCCCAAAAUGACCUCAAGAGACAGUUUCGAACUAAGGGACUUUGCAGAUUUCUUGCGCAGUUGUGAAGCUGCAACAGCUCACAUUAACUCAUUAGAGAUCUUGAAUGACUGCAAUGAGAACCGAAAGAUUCUUUCCAAACUUCCAGACUGGCUUGCUGCUAGUUGGAACCGCAAGGUUGUUGAAAUUGAAGAACAAACAAAUCAGUUUCCCACUUUCAGCCAGUUUGUUGAGUUUUUAACGAGAGAAGCCAAGAUUGCUUGUAAUCCUGUUACAUCUUUACAGUCACUAAAACAAUGUGAGUUUAACAAAUCAGACAAACUGAAAUUUACCAAACAGAAAGAAAUUGGAGUUAAAACACUGAUGACGACUUCACAAGAAAAAACACAACUGGUAUGUGUAUUCUGCAAGAAACCCAAGCACAGUUUACACAAAUGCAGAAGUUUUCUUGAAAAGGCUGUGUCAGACAGAAUCAGCUUCAUUAAGUCGGAAAGGCUAUGUUUUGGUUGUCUCAAACCAGGCCAUCUUUCAAAGAGCUGUACCAACCGCAAUAUUUGUGAAAGGUGCAGUAAAGGGCAUCCUACAUGUCUUCAUGAAGAUAGAGUUAAGGACAAAGAAGAACAAAAGCAACCACUAGCUAAGCCAAAUCCAAGUAACGAAAGAUCAAGUCAAAGCGACCGAGCUCAAGAACAAGUUACAGCCAUGGCUACAACUAACCGAGUAGCGAGUCAAGAAAAUAACACACACACUGCUGCAAUCAUUCCUCGAUACAACCUUUGUUCUCAGUGA